UUGUAGCUGAAGGGGGGCAGUUGUUCCCCCCCUCUCAGACCAUGAACCGAAGAUGUCACCAAGGCCUCAGCACCGUGGGGGGCACAGCCCCCUGGAUGCCUGGAUCAUCUUUAGGGUGGAGGCCGGAGCCGGUGGCCGCCCUCGCCAGCGAUUCGGAGGACGAUGAGCUGCCCUGGCGCCCUGCCCUCAGAGGUGCUGCCUCACCCCGAGUUGUGCCGGAGAGUGAUCUGGAGGAGCCAGAUGUGCACCCAGAUGUUCAGAGGCCUCGAAAACGCUGCCGUGCCCCUACGUGGGGCCACCUCCCAGAUGUGGCCAAACCCUGCCCAGAUCCAAACGUCGGAGGACCCAAAAAGCGCCGGUUUGGCCCCCAAGCUGCCCCAGAUCCAGAUGUGGGGAAAAAAACAGCUACUCCAAGUGUUCAGACCCCAAAUCACCCUCCGAACCCUGGAAAGGUGGCGGGUCCAGAUGCUGAUCCAGAUGCAGAACAUCUAGAAGGCACCAACACACGUCUCGAUGUCAAAAGUGAUACAGCUGUGGAGGUGCUCCCCAAAUCUGCCUUUUUUCACUCAAGUAGCUGUGACCAGGCCGCCCUGGAGGUCAGCAGUGACACAGAUGUGGAGAAAAAGGGCUCGAAUCCAGAUGUUGGAGGUGCCAAAAAUGAAUGUCAGAUGCUUGUGGUGGACAGCGACACAGAUGUAGAAGAAGCUGAGUUUUGCCCCGACGUUGCGAGAACAAAAAUACAGCAAAUGGCCCAAAAUGUGACUAAAACCUCAGGUGUGGAGUUGGAGCCCCGGAAUCCAGAUGUUGGGGGUCCCAAAAAUGGAUGUCGGACACUUUUGGGGGACAGUGAUACAGAUGUGGAGAUGGAGAGCUCAAACUCAGCUGUCGAAGGGACACAAAAUCAGAUGCUCACUGUGGACAGCGAUACAGAUGUGGAGGAGGAUAGAGCCUAUCCAGAUGUUGGACGCUCCCAAACCCAUCAAACAACCCAAAAUGUACCAAAAACCCACAAUAUUGAGAUGGAGACUCCCCAUGCAGAUGUUGGAGGUUCACAAAAGGGACAUCGGGUGCUCAUAGAGGACAGCGAUACAGAUGUGGAGGAGAAUGAAGCCAAUCCAGAUGUUGGAUACUCUAAAACCCACCAAAGAACCCCAAACACACCCAAAUCCCAAAUUAUUACGACAGAGACACAAAAUGCAGAUGUUGAAAGUUCGCAAAAGGCUCGUGACACGCUCGUGGUGGACAGUGAUACAGAUGUGGAGGAGGAUGCUUCCAAUCCAGAUGUGUGUCCAAAAAGCCCUGGAACAGCCCCCAGAGACCCAGAUGUUAAGGUCGAGACCAUAAAUCGCAAUGUUGAAGGGCGACAGAUUCUCCUGGUGGAGAGUGAUACAGAUGUGGAAGAUGACACUUCCAAUCCAGAUGUUUGUACUCUAAAAAGCCAUCAAGCAACUCAAAAUGUACCAAGAAACUCACAUCUGGAGACGGACGGCCUGAAUCCACGUGUUGUAAGACCACAAAACAACCGUUAUACACUUGUGGUGGACAGUGAUACAGAUGUGGAGGAGAAUGAGGUGGAUCCAGAUGUUGAGCUACCAAAAUCCCACAGAACUGCCCAGCGAAGCCCAGAUGUAAAGAUUAAAACCUCAAAUCCAGAUGUGAAAGAAGCCCAGAAUGAACAUCAGAAUCUGGAGGUGGACAGUGACACCGAUGUGGAAGAAGACAACCUGAGUCAAGACGUUCUUCACCCAAAAAGCCACAAAACACCCCAAAACACCCGGAAGGACCCAACAGUGGUGAUGGAGACCCCGAAUCCAGAUGUUGGGGGCCUCAGCCACAGCUCGGUGGCCUCCAGUGGUGACAGCGAUACAGAUGUGGAGGACCUCAACCCCCUUCCCGACGCUGGAGCUCCGGAACCACACGCAGCAGCCCGUGAGGUCCCAGAUCCAGUUGCCAAGAUGGCCACUGCACCAGAUGUUGACCCCAAGGGGCAGACAAGGACCAAUGACGAUCCAGAUGUGAAGACCUCAUUUCCAAAUCCGGAUGUUGACACCCUCAAGGCCCAGUGCCCAGUCCCGAAUGCAGACAACGAUACAAUCGCUGGGCGCAACGGUGUUGUUCCAGAUGUUGGGGUGGUGCAGGCAUGUCAAGGGGACCCAGAUGUGAUGGCGACGCCCCCAAAUCCAGAUGUUCCCCUUCCCCUGAGCCCCCGGGAUAGCAGCGACGCUGACGUGGAGGAGGUGGCCCCCACUCCAGCUGUUCGGGGCCUCCGGAGCCGAAUCCGAUUCCAAAAUCACCCCCAUCCAGAUGUUGCAUCUCCCACCCCAGGCAACGAUACCGAUGCGGACCCAAAACGCUGCAAAUUGUCCCCAAAAAGGCAGGAUUUUCCUCCCGAAGCUGAGCGCGAUGCGGAUGCGGAAAAGUUGUUCCCAACCCAUCCCGUCGUAGCCCUAAAUCCAGAUGUGGAGCCCUCGCCUCCAGAUGUUGGGCCCCAGCGCCGCAGUGGGAAGACCCCGGCCGGGGGCAGGGAUCCAGCUGUGCCACCAGAUGUUUUCACCCCUAAAUCCCCCCGUUUGGACCCAAAUCGAUGCGUCGGCGCUGGUGGUGGAUCCGGGAGCGCCGGGGCCACGGGUGCAGCGGUGACAGAGAGUGACACCGAGGCCCCGGCUAAACCACGCCCCCGUCGGGCAAGUCCUGCCCCAUCACGGAUGCAAGUGGAGGAGCAAGAGAAGGAGCCGCCAGAGGUCACCGAGCCCCAGCUCCGCCCCUGGGGGGUCCCUGGCUCCACCCCUCCCAAGGUGCUGUUCACGGGGGUGGUGGCCUCCCCGGGGAUGGAGGUGGCCCUGAAGACACUGGGGGGGUCCAUGGCCACCUCCAUCUUCGACUGCACCCACCUGGUGACCGACCGCGUCCGACGCACCGUCAAGUUCCUCUGCGCGGUGGCCCGUGGUGUCCCCAUCGUCACCCCCGAGUGGCUCCACAAGAGCACCAGCAGCGGCCGUGUCCUGGGGACGGGUCCCUUCCUGGUGCGGGACAGGCAACAGGAGCAACACUUCGGCUUCAGCCUGGCCCAGGCCCUGCGCUGCGCCCGCCGCCACCCCCUGCUCCAGGGCUACGAGGUCCAUGUCACCCCCAGCGUCCGCCCUGAGCCCGAGCAGAUGAGGGACAUUGUCACCUGCAGCGGUGGCACCUUCCUGCCCACGAUGCCCGACACUUAUGGGGGGACAUGA